CGUUGACCUAACGCCAUUCCCGAACGGGCAAUCGCACACAUUUUUCUUAGGAACUCGUUGUUAUACGUCUAACUAUUCCUUCUGAUCGAACGAACCAUCGACGAGGACGAAGAUGCGCCUCAAAUUGCUACUAUUACUAUCUACUAUAACGUUUAUAUGUGCACAAACGCAGCUGUUAGACUAUGGUGAACGAGCAGGUGACCAGAGUUUGGACUUCUCAGCUGGCCAACAUGCUACGGCCAUCGAUGUCCCAAUGGUAUAUAUGGAAAAUCCUUACAGUGAAGUUUACAUAUCACCUAAUGGCAUACUUGGCUUUGGAGAUCGAUUACCAGACGCCGUUGUACCGCUGCAGAGGCUAAAUAGAAGUGCUAUAGCUCCAUUCUAUGCUCCUGCCAGUGAGGGGACCGUCUAUUAUAGAGCAACAUCAUCAGAUCGAGCACUUCUCCGCCGUUUGACCGAUUAUAUCCACAAAACUUUCGCUGACAGUUCUGACUUUCAAACCCUACAAGCGAUGGUUAUCACCUGGGACGGAGUUCAAAACAAAGAGCAAGAUGGUGGCGCGACAUUUCAACUAGCGCUAGCAUCCGAUGGAAUGACUACAUACGCGCUGAUGCAGUUUCUUACACUGCCAUGGUCGGCGUCGGAAGGGAUCUAUGCGCAGAGUGGAUUUGCUAUGCCUGAUGGACGCUAUCAAAGCAAUACGAACUCAGGGGGUCCUGAUGUGAAAGAACUCGCUCGUCUGUCAAACAAUCCGGAAGGAACAUCGUUCAUCUUCCGAAUCUCUGGUCCAGCUAUAGAAGAUCCUCGAGAGAAUGGUGAUGAUUAUGAAUAUACAAACUACGACCAGACUGACUAUGAUGGCGAUGACAGGAAGCCACCAGCCGACUGUCCUCCGGAUCCGUAUAGUGAUAGAUGUCCAGAGGGAUGUAAUAUUCUCACCGAUGAACGAAUGUGUUCAAGAUGUGUGUGCGCAGAGCCAGUACCCGAAGAAAGUAUCACCGAAGACAGCGUUCACGAGAAACUUCCCGAACCUCCGAUACAUCAUCGUCAUGGCCACCACGAAGGAAACAAAAUUACAGAACCUCUUCCUACCCUGGAAGCUCGCGAAAAUGCUGAUGAUGAACGAAGACUACCCAAAUCCGCGCCGUCGACUUGCGAUGAAGCAGGAGAAGAAGUUUGUAACCAGAACGCAGCCUGCAAGGAUUAUCCUGGAGGUUAUUGUUGCGAAUGUAGCCCAGGAUUCUACGGCAACGGAAAGGAAUGUCUAAAGAAAGGAGACCCACAACGAAUUUCCGGCUCAUUCGAAGGCGUGAUCAAUGGCAAUUCAAUUGAUAGAACUGAUUUACAUACAUUCAUUACGGCCACAGAUGGACAUGCAUAUACAGCAGUGUCGAAGAUCCCUUCGGACCUUGGUUCACCAUUUCUUAUUUUGAAUCCUAUAGGAUCUAUCAUGGGAUGGCUCUUCGCUGAUGUACAAUCUCCAAGGGUCUACAAUGGCUUCCAACUGACUGGAGGGCUUUUCAAUCGCACCGUAACCCUUCACAUUGGCGAUCGCUAUCAAGUUUCAAUUCGUCAAAAAUUCAGUGGACGAGAUAUCUACCACUACUUCAAAGCUACGGUCUUCGUUUCUGGCACUUUGCCAGAUGUGGCACCUGGGGCAGAAGUGCAGUUCCCCGACUACGAAGAAGAGUAUAGAAGGGAAAAACCAGGACUUGUUCGAUCGUACACUGGAAUGGACAUUUUGCUGAAAGAAGGCGGAGAGACGAAAACAAUUCGCAUGACUGUUGAUCAACUCAUCCAAUUUGAUGAGUGUCCACACAGAACGUUUGAAAAAGACGACGCUGUAGUACUUCAUGUCAAGCGAGUUCAUGUCACAUAUGAUCCAAAUGAAGGAAUUGUAAGGUACGGCUCCCGAAACUAUGCCCAACCCGUGGGCGCUACCACCACAACUCCACCAGGCCAAGAUGCUCAAUACGAACGACAACGUCAGGAAGCUCAGCGCCGGGCGUAUAAUCCAGUUGAGCAAACAACGGACAUUUGUACCGAGGGUCGUCAUGUCUGCACUCUCCCAAAUAUGCGUUGUCGACCAGUGGAACCGUCUUACCGCUGCGAAUGUCUGCCAGGUUACCAGGCAAAGCGGGAGGAGUCAUCGCCACUUGGCUGGAAUUGUCAGGAUUUGAAUGAAUGCGAACGUGGAGAUCACACGUGCGAUCACUACGCUAUCUGUCACAAUACGGACGGAUCGUUCACUUGUGAAUGCCGUCCCGGUUACACUGGCGACGGCCAUCACUGUACCACUGUUGUUGGAGACGACGAAGAUGUGGAGACGACUAUGGAUGCAUUUGGUCUAACACAUCCUUUGCUGGAAGUGGAACCGACGCAGCGACUACGACCAAUUCCAUCGGAACCACAGGUUCAGCUACCAAAGGGCUCCUGCACAAAUCACUAUCAAUGUCACCAAUGGGGCGAAUGUGUUUUCGCAGAUGGAUCACCACAUGGUAUGUGCCGGUGCCGUGGAUGGUACGUCGGUGACGGUGUCAAUCAUUGUGGCCCUCCAGAAGAACAACGCCAUGAAGAGCCUCGCCUCAAUGCAAACAUUCCGGAACGAGGUGGUCAACCAUGUGGUCAUCAUGUCUGUGACAUUCACGCUGAAUGCAUGCCAUCACCAAGUGGAGGGUCCGAAUGCGUGUGCAAAGCUGGUUAUCAUGGCAACGGAAUCUCUUGCGAAUCGCUGACAGACGAAGAAGAGGAACAACCACGAACGCAAGUACCAGCCGAAACCAUUGGCAAAGUCUGUCGAGCGCAUGAGGAAUGCUCAGAACACGGAAGUUGCACUUAUAGCAGAACACUUGGUUAUUAUCACUGUACAUGUACCGAACCUUAUGUGGGUAAUGGAGUAGAAUGUUCGCUGCCGGGAGAACCGGAAAGAGAAAGAGGGGAGCAACAAGGCUGCGAUCGACUCCGUAAUUGCGACCCGAACGCACAAUGUGUCUACGAUGACCACAACAGGGUCUAUAAGUGUGAAUGCCACGAAGGAUUUGCUGGAGACGGCAAGACGUGUGUUCAGAUCCACACUGGAGGACAGCCAUGGGAAGGAACACAAGUCCAAGAACGUCCACAACAAUGUCGCGACGCUACGGAUUGUCACCGAAAUGGUCAUUGUGUUGUAUCUGCAACAGGCUAUAUCUGUGAAUGUUUGCCAGGAUUCCGAGGGGAUGGAAUCCGGCAGUGUGUCAUUGCAGAUCAAUGCAAUCCUGUGGACAAAUCGUCCUGUCAUCAAAAUGCUGAAUGUGUCUAUGGAGAGACCGAGCGCGCAUACGUUUGCAAAUGUGUACGAGGUUUUACCGGCGACGGAGUACAAUGUGUUCCACAUGCCCCGCCCCAGACCUGCAGAGAAGAACCAAGGCUUUGUCAUGCGAAUGCUCAAUGUGUCUACAAUCAUCACGAAAAUACCUUCGUUUGUGUCUGUAAACCAGGAGCUGUGGGUGAUGGAUACAGUAGAUGUGAUAUACAAGAAACCCCACGCUGCUCCAACUGUUCUAUUCAUGCACACUGUAGCCAAACACCAGCUGGUGGAUGGCAAUGCAAAUGUAAUGCUGGCUAUCAAGGAAAUGGUUUUGUCUGUGCAGCCAUGACAUCUUGCCUGGAUGAUCGGUCCCUAUGCGAUCCUCAUGCCGAAUGUGUACCCGGUGAAGGAGGACAUUACGUCUGUAAUUGUCACUAUGGAUAUCACGGAGAUGGACGAACCUGCACUCCUGACACACAAGCCCGUGAAGAGACAAUACUAGUCUCACGAGGAAUGGCCAUAUUCUCACGUGGAGUAAAUCCGGAAAUUCCUGGAAAACAAGUAAUCUUCAAUCGACUACUAAUUGUGAUCCCACAUCAUAUUGCUGUUGGCUUGGAUUAUGAUUGUAAAGAGGAUCGCCUAAUUUGGAGCGAUAUUUCUGGCCAUGCGAUCCGAUCCGCUUCUCUUAAUGGAACAGAACAUAAGUCAUAUUAUUCGGAUGUACUCAGUAGUCCAGAAGGAAUCGCUGUGGAUUGGUCUUCAAGAAAUGUCUACUAUGCUGAUUCUCUCAACGAUGAAAUAGGAGUGGCUUCUCUAAACGGAAAAUAUCAAAAAGCUCUUCUUACUGAGGGGCUAGUCAAUCCAAGAGCGCUUGCCCUCGACUUGCAAAAUAGGCACCUGUUCUAUACCGAUUGGCAUCGCGAGAAUCCUCUAAUUGGAAGAAUGGACAUGGAUGGAAAGAACAAUAGGAUAUUCCUGAACGAUGAUGUACAUCUUCCCAAUGGGAUCACAGUUCUCCCCAACAGACGAGAACUUUGUUGGGUUGAUGCUGGAAAUCACAGAUUAUCCUGUAUUGGUCUCGACGGCAACAAUCGUCGAGUAGUUUACGCACCGCUGAACUAUCCCUUCAGUCUAACACAUAGCAACGAGGCACGGUUUUACUGGACAGAUUGGAAAGAUAAUCGCGUUCAUUCGGUCGGUAUCUAUGGCGAAGGCUACGCCUCAUUCCCAAUUUCACUAGGAGGGUCAGGCAAAGUGUACGGGAUUCUGAGCGUUCCAAAACAAUGCAUAGGACCCCACACUGCUUGUUCAGUCGGUAAUGGUGGAUGCUCGUACCUCUGCCUACCUGGACAAGAAGGAGUAAGCUGUGAAUGUCCAUCAAAUGUCGCUGUCAAAGGAUGCUAACAUUUACCUCAUCGAGCACUUUUGACGACGCAUUCUUCCCA